AUGACGGCUAGUACGUCGACUCCCCACACAAUCGGGGUCACGUACAGCAACAAGCGGCGGAUAUCGUACAUACUCCGCGAUCCCGAGGAGAAGCGACACCGAGCGUUCAUCAACUGUCUUCAAUGGGACCCAUCGACUAGCAGACUGUUUACAGGGGGCGCUGAUACGAUAAUCAGGACGUGGAGAGAUGCCCCGACGCAUGGCCAACCACAAGAAGCCCAGUACCUCUCCUCGAUGGAACACCACACCGACUGGGUGAACGACAUGGUGUUGUGCGGCGGCGGGAAAUUCCUGCUGUCCGCCUCCAACGAUUCAACGAUUAAAGUGUGGAAUGCAACGAAAACGUUUUGCAUGUCGACACUGCGCACGCACGUCGAUUACGUGUCUGCGCUGGCGUACGCCAAGGAAAGUGAGCGCGUAGCGUCGGCCGGGUUCGAUAACUGCGUAUACCUAUGGGACGUCGAAACGCUGACCCGGUUGACAGCCACCAACAACACGGUGACCACUUCGGCCCUGGCUGGCAACAAGAACAGCGUCUACGCGCUGGGGAUGAACCACGCCGGCACGGUGGUCGUUUCCGGGUCCACAGAAAAGGUGCUCCGGAUAUGGGACCCGAGAACCUGUCAGAAAAUGAUGAAGCUACGCGGGCAUACGGAUAACAUCCGCGCGAUUGUGGUCAGCGCCGACGGCAAGCAGUGCAUUUCUGGGUCUUCGGAUGGGAGCUUUCGGCUCUGGGAUCUUGGCAUGCAAAGGACCGUUUUUACGUCCAACGUGCACUCCGAAGGUGUCUGGGCGUUACAGACAGACGCUGGCUGGAAUCACGUGUACUCGGGCGGACGUGACAAACGAGUCUACCGCACAUCCAUCAACAACUACACAAAUUCACAACUCUUGUGCGUGGAAGAAGCCCCCGUCAAGCAAAUGCUCCUUCUGGAAGCCGAUCAGCCCAAGAGCCUCUGGGUGGCUUCGUGGACGUCCACGAUACGACGCUGGCCAAUCCCGCAGGGUUCCCAGCUGUCGAUCAAUGAUGCCCCAGAGUGCUCUUCAUACGACCUGAUCCGUUUUGACGACCCGAAGCCGUUGGUGAGCCGCGAGGACAUGAUCGUCCCUGGGGCGCCUUCGCUGCGACAGCAUAUGGUGUUGAAUGACAAACGGCACGUCGUCACCAGGGAUUCGAUUGGUCAGAUUGCGCUCUGGGACGUGUUAUCUGCUAAAAAGGUCAACGAGUGGACGGACAAGACAAUGGAAGAGGUGGUGAAGGAACACUCGAGAAAAGUGUUCGUCCCGUCAUGGUUUUUGGUUGAUUUGAAGAGCGGCAUGUUGCAAAUAGCGCUCGACGAGUCUGACGUUUUCUCGGCAUGGGUAUCGGCCAAAGACGCGGGCAUCAGCGAUGCCGACCAAAAGGUGAACUACGGCGGUAUGGUACUGCGGGCUCUAUUCGAGAGAUGGCCGGAAUGCGCGGCCGCAUCCGACGAUCCAUCGCUCGUCGGGCAUCCAGUGAUCCCGUCCUAUACCCCGUUAAUUGUCAGCGAGUCGGGCACUGGGCGUCCGCUUUUCCGCCUGCUGGUACGGGAUGCGAAUGGCGAGGCGGAGAGCCAGAUGUUGAGCGAGGUGUUGCCGGCAUGGGUCAUCGACGUUGUGCAAGCCGGGCAAUUGCCCAAGUUCUCGAAGAUGCCUUUUCUGCUGUUGCCUCACCCUUCAUUGCAGCAGAAACAGCCGAAGAAAGAUCGGCUUUCUGCUACGGAGAUGCUGCAGGUCAGAAAAGUGAUGGAACACGUCUACGAGAAGGUGCUGCAUGGAGGCAGCGAAUAUUCCUCGCUCGAGGCUCAACCAUCGCUGAUCAACCGCUCGCCAAACAUCGAGACGUGCCUGGAGCUCUACUGCAACGACCAAAAGCUCGACCCCGAAAUGGACCUGCGCACCGUCAAGCACUUCAUUUGGAAGCAGGGCGGCGACCUAGUCCUUCAAUACAAAUACCUCAAA